AUGUGGACGUCUAAAGAGAGGACACGUGGAACCCAAUAUAGGAAUGACCGAAGACCGAACGCAGCCAUUCCUCUUGUCACCGGAAAGGAUAAGGUUCAUAAAGACCCANCAUAUAAAGCUGUAGAAUUUGUUGAGUCAGGUAUGGUUGUGGGUCUUGGUACAGGUUCCACAGCUAAACAUGCUGUGGCUAGAAUAGGUGAAUUAUUAAAGCUAGGGAAAUUAAAGAACAUUGUAGGAAUACCCACAUCAACAAUUACCCAUGAACAAGCUGUUUCGUUGGGAAUACCUUUGUCUGAUUUAAAUACACAUUCAAUUCUUGAUUUGGCAAUUGAUGGUGCUGAUGAAGUUGACCGAGAAAUGAAUUUGGUUAAAGGGAGAGGAGGGUCAUUGCUUAGGGAGAAAAUGGUAGAGGCUGCUUGUAAGAAAUUUAUAGUUAUUGUUGAUGAGUCAAAGUUGGUGAGUCAUUUGGGUGGAAGUGGUCUUGCUAUGCCUGUUGAGAUUGUGCCCUUUUGUUGGGAAUUUACUUUAAAAAGAUUGGAGAUGUUGUUUAUUGAAGCUGGUUGUGUUGGGAAGCUGAGGAGGACAGUUGGGGGUGUGCCAUAUGUUACUGAUAAUGGGAAUUAUAUUAUUGACUUGUAUUUCAAGAGUGAUAUGGGUGAUUUAAAAGCUGCAAGUGAUGCAAUUUUGAGGCUUGCUGGUGUGGUUGAGCAUGGCAUGUUUCUUGAUAUGGCGACGACCGUGAUUGUGGCUGGAAAACUUGGUGUCUCAGUUACUAAUAAGUAGGAUUAUAUGUUCUUUUAGGAACCUUAGUUUUCUAAUUUUUAGAUAUUAGGUUAUGUUGGGGGUCUUGAUAUUUGUACCAAUCCAAUUGAGAAGGUCUUGCUGAACUAUUUAUGUAGCAAGGACAAUUUAGGUGGUGCAUUUGCAACAACUUAGAUAUUGAAUUAUUUGGGGGUAUUUGCCUCUAAUUUUACUAUCUUUGAGUUGGUGACAUUUGUUAAAGAAUGGAAAGUUUCAUGCUAUUCACUA